AGAAAAGUGGAGGUGGACGUGGUUGGUUCGGCGAUCGCUUCGCUGACCUCGCGGUGCGGUUUUGGCGUGGAAAAGGUGGCCGAGAAGCCGAAGAAAAGCAAAAUAUCGGCUACCUUCUCGAGUACGACGGAGCCAAACAAGGCUGGACCGGAACAAUCGGCUUUUGGUAUCAAUUCGACGGCCGGAUUUCUACGUCGACAAUCACUGGGACAAUCUUCCACCAUCGUGGAGGCAAUGCUUCAAGUGUCUGGAAGUGCAUCAGCUGAAACAUUUACUGUCGGAAGAAUCAGAAGUGCAGGAACGAACUGUGCGGCCUCCAUCAGGGUACGCUCUUCGAGCACUGUUCCGGAAAUUUUGCUAUCACGAAAAUUGGAGCUAGGCCGGAAGGAAUCUGAAACACGAGACGUGCAAAACGAGGCUCAGCGAAAACCAUAUGACAAAUCGGCUAAGUUGAAAAGGCGACAGGAGAUUGAACAAUUCAGCGAAGUCCGCCCGCGAACGGCCACGCAGAUCUCCAAGUUCAAGUUCGUGCGAACGGAGAGGGCUGCAAUUAGUGUGUAUACAGAAAACUGAGCCAAAUGGGCGCACUGCCGUAUGAGCGGUUUUGACAGACCGUUUUGAUUUCCGGAAAAAAAAAGAGAAAAAGUCAGAAGAAAAGUGGAGGUGGACGUGGUUGGUUCGGCGAUCGCUUCGCUGACCUCGCGGUGCGGUUUUGGCGUGGAAAAGGUGGCCGAGAAGCCGAAGAAAAGCAAAAUAUCGGCUACCUUCUCGAGUACGACGGAGCCAAACAAGGCUGGACCGGAACAAUCGGCUUUUGGUAUCAAUUCGACGGCCGGAUUUCUACGUCGACAAUCACUGGGACAAUCUUCCACCAUCGUGGAGGCAAUGCUUCAAGUGUCUGGAAGUGCAUCAGCUGAAACAUUUACUGUCGGAAGAAUCAGAAGUGCAGGAACGAACUGUGCGGCCUCCAUCAGGGUACGCUCUUCGAGCACUGUUCCGGAAAUUUUGCUAUCACGAAAAUUGGAGCUAGGCCGGAAGGAAUCUGAAACACGAGACGUGCAAAACGAGGCUCAGCGAAAACCAUAUGACAAAUCGGCUAAGUUGAAAAGGCGACAGGAGAUUGAACAAUUCAGCGAAGUCCGCCCGCGAACGGCCACGCAGAUCUCCAAGUUCAAGUUCGAUCUGUGAUGAGGCAUGCAUCCGUAUGGGUGUGCAUCCUGACCUUCUACAAUCUACAGCCAACCUCGCUUGCCGCUAUAGUUCCCCCACCAUGGAGUGAUCCAAACAAAAACCCAUGCGCCAAUCAACCAGGCGGUUGGCAAUUGCUGUACUGGCCACCACUGAAAAAAUGCUUCAAGAUUUUUCAGAUGGGAUAUCCCUGUCCAGACACGAUGGAACUAAGCCCAGUCGGAGUGGGUGCCACAAGUACGGGAGCCUCAGCCGAAUGCCGUUGUCCCCCUGGAACAGCACAACAUCCUCUAACAAGACGGUGUCACCGAUUAUUUGAACGAGGCCCGUGUGAUUUUGGCCAGUAUUUCGCUCCGUUUGCGGAUUCCGAAGUGAAAAGUGCCAUUCCAAAACAACGCUGGGGAACUUGUAAGUCAACCGAAAUUUGCGAUAGCGGUAUGAUAUUUUGGCCACAAGAGAAUAAAUGCUAUCCGUUACACACGAAAGGACCAUGCCCAAAAGGAAAAUUAGUCAGCCUGGAUAACGACGGAAUAGCGAAAUGCAAGUGCGAAAAAGAUGGAGAGGUCGGUAACUACUACUACAAUGAAACGGAAACAUGCCACGAAUUUUUCACGAAAGGACCUUGUCAGCGAACGGGAGAAUUAUUUUUACCCUCGAAAAAAUGCGCGUGUCAUCAUCGGUUGCCUCAUUUUCAUAAUGAAACAAAUCAAUGUUACGAGCUAGAUACGAUAGGGCCUUGCCCUAUCGGUCACACGUUUAUCAUAGCUGACAAACGAGCUCAAAAUGAAGUCACUACUAUGCGAGCUGAGUGUCGCUGCAAGGAAAACUAUGUUCCGUGGAAAGACGGAUAUUGUUACAAAUUGUACACACAGGGACCUUGCGAGUUAGGAUCGUUUGUGAUAGACACUAACAGUUGUAUACCAAAUCCUUGCGAAAAGGGACGAUUGUACUUUUCUAAAGAAAAAACUUGCUAUCGAAUAGGAUCUCAAGGUCCUUGCACCAUAAAUCAGGUAGUCAUAUUUGACUUCACCACAAGACCCUCACUUGACGGUAUUUCCUACAAUGGGAUUUGUGGAUGUCCCGGGGUGAUUCAUAAUCUUGACCAAACCUGCUCCGAAGAUGAUGUUCCUAAGAGUGCUUGUGAUAGCACUCCUGACAUGAUAGAGAUAAAUAAGCAAUGUUUUAAGCUUUACACUCGCGGUCCGUGUGGUCCAGGACAAUGGCUUGAACCGAGAAAAUCUUCAGCCAAACUACGAACAGCCGCGUGUGUUUGCCGUCCGGGACACACGCCUUACGAUGCACCUCUUCAGAACGGGAUAAUCGGUUGUCAGCCGCCGGCCGUUGGACUUGCAAGGUAUUUGAACGGAAAACGACUACUAUCCCUUAGGAUUGGAAACUUCUCCCUUACCAUCCCUCAAGUUUAAAUUAGAAUAAAUAGAAAACCACUAACAACAUCCGCUCAGCAUGGCAUCCGGUUUUAAUAGCAUGUACCUUUAAUAUCAAUGUUGGUAUUUAAAUAUGACAAUUCCGCCAAUUUCAGUAAUACAACCGGACAGAUUUUUUCCUUUUUACAGGUGGUUCAUGAGUUUAUUAGGAUUUGGACCGGCUGAGACCACAGAAUAUUAGGUUACCAAAAAUGAAAUUUCAAAAUACAAGCAGUCUUAUCCUCGUGGCACUCCUCUACAGAACUAAGGUAACACUUAUUAUUUUCAGUCAAAGAGUUCGUAAAGUUUGUCAACUGCCAAGAAGCGCAAGCAAAUAGAUAAUAAGCACGUUGUAUGUAUUGUAAUUGUGCCAUAGUUGUAAAAAUGGUUUAGAAUGUAUGUAGAAGUAAGAAAACUUCGUAAAUACCAACGCCGACUGAAUAGAUUUAUGGAUUGCAAUAAAACCAAACUGAUCAAGAUAAUAAAA